AUGAAGUUGAAACGAGCUGCAAGCAAGACCAAAUUUACCAGCAGCAUUCAUGUACCUUCUGGGCAUGAACAAUAUUGUCAUUAUAAUGAAAUGGUUGCAUAUGUUCAAAUGGGAUCCAGAUAUGACAUUUCUGUUGAUGGUCCAUUGCGGCGCAAGUUUGAAAGCGCAGGCCCAAUUCGGUCACGUGAUAUUUCUUUGCCGACCUCUAAUCCGCCCCAAAACUCACGUGAUCCGCUUGCGCGGGAAAAUACCCCUUCACCACUUCGAUUUAUUUCUUCCGAGUUCCAACACCCUAACCGGGAGUCCCACCUCCCCUGGCUCCUCCUCCUCCUCAACGGAAAGCCCAACCAGAACCACCAAACCUCCCAGCCUUCCAGCAUCCAGCACUUCUUCGAGCGCCACUCCCAGGCCGCCGCCGCCGCCACCUCCUCCUCCUCUAAUUCCAACCCGUCGAUCCCUUUAAACCCUCAACCAGAUUCCAACCCUAACCCUCCCCAGAGCUCGCCUCCCCCUGCCGAUCCGCCGCCACCCUGUGGCGAGGAGAGCUCGUCCCAGAUCACCCCGGAGAUUUCCAAAUCGGUCUCUCUCAAGCGCUUCAAGUUCUCCCCUGGAAUGCUGAUCAAGCAGAGCCGAGAUGAUGGGGGAGAUGAGGUUACUUGGAAGAUCUCUCCCGUGAAUGUGGUAAUUGGAUGAGCUUCGGUGCAUUACUGCCUCCUCCCUCUCCCACAAGCUUGGCUGGGGUGAGUCUGGUGUUACGAAAAACCUGAUCGUGUGGAGACACCAGAGAUUAAUCUUGGAUUGGAAUCUGGAGAUCGUUGAUGCCCUAGGGCGAGCAAGAGAAGAAGAAAGAGAGGAGAGAGCUGGGGUUUGGGAGAAAG